AUGAAGACCUUUGUCGUUAUUACUCUGAUCGCCGCCCUUGCAGCUGCAAAGCCGCAACACUACACCCGUCCCACGCAACCACCGCCAUCAGCGCGUGCUGCUCUUGCUACUCCACCGCCCAGGGUUUGCGAUCGUAGAUGCGCUGCAGAGCCGCCUACCACCUGUGGUGAGCUGUGGGAACCUGCACAACUCGGUGUAAGUAACUAUCGACUCUUCGAUUCGCAGCGAUACUUCUUGGGACUGAGCUGA